UCACAUGCAAUAUGUGCAUAUGCAAACCUCUCCUACCUCACACUCCACCCUAGCUAGCCCACUACACCUCCUACACCCUCACCAUCCAAUAGCGCAGUGACAGUGCCAAUGGCCUCUCACACCACCCUCAUCCUCCUCCUCCCUCUCCUCGCCGCCGCGGCCGUCGCCGCCGCGGACGUCGCCCCUGCGCCGGCGCCACCUGCGGCGCAGACGAUCAACCUCACGGGCAUCCUCGAGAAGGGCGGGCAGUACAACACGCUGCUCCGCCUCCUCAACGCCACCCGCGUCGGCGAGCAGCUGGGCAGCCAGCUGAAGACCACCUACGACGGCCUCACCUUCUUCGCGCCGACGGACGCCGCCUUCGCCGCGCUGAGGCCGGGCACGCUCAACGGCCUGAGCGACCAGGAGCAGGUGCAGCUGGUGCUCUACCACGUCCUCCCGCGCUACUACACCCUCGCCACGUUCCAGACGGCCAGCAACCCGCUGCGCACGCAGGCCACGGGCCCCGCCGGCGUGUACACCGUCAACGUCACCACCACCACGGGGCAGAGCCUCGUCAACGUGUCCACCGGCGUCGCCGCCGUCCCCCUCGGCACCACGCUCUCCGCCGACUUCCCGCUCGCCGUCUACUCCGUCGACGGCGUGCUCCUGCCGGAGCAGAUGUUCGGGAAGGCCAAGGCUCCCGCGCCGGCCGCCGCGCCCGCGUCCGCCGCCGGGAAGGGCGCCAAUAAGGAGCACAAGAAGGGCGGCGCCAUGCCCAAGAAUGAGGUCGCGGCCACCGCGCCGACGGCCGGAGCUGGAGGAGAAGAUUCAGAUGACAGCGCCACCACCAAUGCGGUGGCCGUUGCAGGCGCGGCCGGUGUGGUGUGGACUGCUGCUCUCGUGGGGAUUGCCAAUCUUGUCAUCGCGUAGAAAGUGUGUGCUUGUCUUUUUCUCCUUCGCCGUUUUCUUUCGUUUUCGUCGUUGCAUAUGUUUCAUUGCACGUGUCCUAUUUUGUAUGUAUGCAAGAGUAUUUAUAUAUGUUGAUGAUGAUUCACUCAGUGAAAUUUACUGGCUUCUUUUGGUCUUUCCA